AUGCUACGUCACUGCGACGAGGACUCGGGCAGGAGCUCGUGCUCGGCCGCGUCCAUCUGCCUCAGCCCAGUCAUGGACUACCACCUCGAUGACGACCUGCACCAAGUCAAACGACGUCAUUCCAAAACUCAAGAGGCUAGCACCAACACUGAACUAAAAGUCAGUUCCCGUCCACGAAGCUUAGUGGGGCUGCUCAAGUCUCCAGACGAAAGAGACCCAUUUCCUAGCUGCAGAAUACCUAGAAACCAUAGAAAACCUGUAUUUAAUUUAUUUGAUACCCCCAGAAGGGGUGGCCUAAGUAAUGCACAUUCCACUUUAGAAAUUGCUUGCAGCACUCAAAUUGAGGAGUCAAGGAUGCCUACCAAUACUGUUUCCAUGACUGCCAUAGCUUUGAAUGACAAUGUGGUUAAGCCACAACUAAAUAGUAAUUUCAGAAGAGGCAAGCCAGUUCAGAGAGCUGCAUCAAGGUUGUAUAAAGCGGACUGUGGAUUCAAAGGCAGAGAAGGAUGUGUUGGCCCAGAGUUCAUUGUAAGAGCUUCACAACCAGCCAGGCACAUGGACUUAUCUCUGUCAGCUGUUUCUGACAAAAGAGUUAUAACUAUAGUCUUGCUUAAUGGCCAGAAGGUUGAGAUCCUGUGUGACCCUAAUGUGAUAACUGCAGGACAAUUGUUUGAAGCUUUGGUCCACAGUGAAAAGUAUGAGCAUAACUUCAUGCUUGGCAUUGCCAUUUUGAUUGGAGGAGACUUUGUGUUCUUGCCAGAUGACUACAAAAUAAAAAAAGUUGCACCAGAAGCUUGGCAUAAAACAAAUAGCAAAAAGAGAAUAUCUGAAGAGGAUACCACAUUGACAGUCUUCUUGAGGAUAAAGUUCUUUUUGCCCAAAAACAUUGCUGGAAACAUACAAGGUGGAGAAUGGAGAUAUAGAGUAUAUUUACAACUGAGGAGGGCUACCUUAGAAGGUCAGCUGACUUCAACUAUCCAAAACCUUAUCUUAUUAGCAGGAUAUGCUUUGCAUAUAGAAUUUGGCGAGUUUUCAUUUAGAGAGCAUGGCACAGCUGACUAUUUCCUGUUGGAACACUAUUUACCCGAAACUGUGAUAACAGGUGACAUGGCAGAUGUCAAGCUGCGGAUGAAGAGGGCUCAUGAGUCCAGGCGUGGCUUGGAGAGACACAAAGCAAUCAUAAAUUACAUAACCCUUGCUCAAACAUUUCGAGAUUAUGGUGCACAUUUUUACUCUGCAAUAUGGGCUACUCGAGAUGGCUUUUGCAGAGAUGUAUGGCUUUCAAUUGGCCCAAGAGGUAUAACUCUUUAUUCAAGAAAUAAUCAUUCAACUGACGACACAGGCACCCAUACAAACAGAAUAGUUCUACAGAGUUUGCCUUGGCACCAUAUACAUACAUUCUAUUACAAUAAGAAAAGCUUGUACAUUAUGCCCAAUUCAUACUCAGGUUUAUCAAAAAUUGGUGUUAAAUAUAAAUUGAAAAUGGCAGACAAUAAAAGCUAUUUCACAUUUUGGCUGGCUUCCCUACACCACAGGUUAUAUUUGAAACUGUAUGCCAAAGGAGAUUUCCUCACUUAUUUGUCAGAUGAAUUCAAUUGCCCCCUAAAUGUAGCUGGAAGUCCUAAGAAAUAUGACUGUAGUAAUUAUGAAGACAGCUAUAACUUAGCAGUAAGAAACCCAAUUAGAGUAAGAAGACCUGUUAGGAGAAGAUUCAAGGUAGACAUAUUUGGGGAGAAAAAGGUUCAGAAUAAAGAAAAUGAAAAGCCAGACACUGAAGAACUCCUCAGGCAAAUAUUAUCACCACAACCCAGUGAUGAAUUGUUAUCAAAUACAUCUAACACGCAAGGCCAUGAAAAUUCCUCCAAUGAUGGAUUGUCAUCUUCAGAAAGUUGUAGUAUACCAAGAAGGCAAGGUGUUAAAAUGGGCACAAGAGUUUUCCAUGGCAUGAAGUCUGUAACUGACAGCAGAUAUACUACAUCUCCCAUCAGAACUUCUAACCCUUGCUCAAGAUCAGAAGGUGACUUGGUGAUGACACACAGUGACUCAGAUGAUCUGAGUACAGAGCAAAGGCAACAUUGUAUUAUCAACAGCAUGCAACUGCUGCCUGAGAGACAUUAUAAUCAUAACCUGCCAAGUGCUCCAACUGCCUAUGUAUUAGAAUCUCCUAAAGUGUACCCAGAUGUUUUCAAUUAUAACACUGUAAAUAAUGAGUCCUGUUUAAAUACCUCACUUUUUGAGAAAUUGGAUAACAUGGAAUGUGUUCAAGGUGAAAGAAUUUUUGUUACCGCAGCACUGGAAAGAGAUGAGCAGAAUGCUUUAGGACUGCAAGUAGCUGAAGGCUCAGAUGGCAAUGUGUACAUUAAAUCAAUAACAUCUGGGAGCCCGGCAGACUUGUGCAAGAAACUGUUACCUGGUGAUCAAAUAAUAUCAGUCAAUGGCAAGACACUAUUGAAUAUUAAAUAUGACAAAGCAUUAACAAUGCUGCAGUCAGCUCCACAUAAAGUGGAACUAAUUGUUCUCCAAAAUGCCAAUAAUCCAAGCCAUUCAGACUAUCAACAGAGUCGUGAUAAUCAAUUUGCUGACACCAGUAACAAUAAUGUAGGUCAGAAGUGUAUUAGUAAUAGUGUAGCGAGUGCCUUAGAUGUAGAAAUAACAGAUGACGAAUUAUUAAAUGAAGAAGCUUUAAAAACAAUAUAUGCUCUCAUAAAACUCACAAAGGAUAAAGUAAUAAGUAGGAUGAAAGAUAGAUCUAGUAAACAAUCCACACCUGUUAAAGGCAAUCUGCAAAAGUGUUACUCAGAGAACAAAGUUUACGAAGAAUCUGAUUUAGGGAAUUAUUCAUCUCAAGAAAAUACGCCUCAGAAGCGAAAUUCCCAAAAAUUCAAUACUUGGCGUGGUCAAAUGAACAAUAAUAGGUCGAAGCGACGACCUUUGAGUCUAAGCAUUCCAAGAGAUGUAGAUUUACCAGAUGAUUAUUUAAAUGACCAUUCUGAUGAUUUGCUUCAGAAAACAUCAUUGAAAUCUAUUCAGUCCUCUUUGAAUAGCUUAGAUAAAUCUGCAAAAAGCAGUUCUUCAAAGAAUGUAGCGUUACCACGAAACUUUGGACUGGGCAGAAGGUGGUUGGGCCCAGUGCGAUACCCUGUGACACCUUGUAAAAACAAUGCCGCGGAGACUGGGUCGAGUGCAAUCGUUAACGAAAACGUCACGAGAAGACAUUUCGUGUAUGGUGCUGGAGAUUCAGAUGAAGAUCAAAUAUUUUUGUAAGAUGUUAUAUUCGAUUUAAGUUAUAGUUACUAUUUUAUAUUAAGUUUAAGAAGACAAAUAUACUAAAUGCUAUUAUGUACUGUA